UGCGGCACAUUGCCUUGACUUAAUGUUGAGUGACAUAGGUGAGUUGACGGUUUUCAAAGAUACAAUAAUUAAAGCCAAGGAAAUCGCUGUGUACAUUUAUAGGCAUGCUUGGGUGCUUGAUUUGUUCAGAAAAUUUACAAAGAAUAGAGAGUUGACAAGACCCGCGGUUACUAGAUUUGCCACCGCCUUCCUCACUUUAAAAAGUUUCCAAGAUAGAAAGCUCCAACUUAGAGCUAUGUUUGCAUCGGAAAAGUGGGCUAGAAGUAGUUAUUCUACAUCUGUUAAUGCAAAAAAGGCACAAGGAACAAUCUUGGGAGAUGCUAGAUUUUGGAAAGCAAUCAAGUAUUGCUUGAAGUGUGUGCUCCCUUUGGUGAAAAUUUUGAGGCUUGUGGAUGGUGAUGCAAAGCCGGCAAUGGGAUUUAUUUAUGAAGCUAUGGAUAGAGCGAAGGAAGAAAUUGCUUCAAACUUGAACCAUGUGAGAGGUAGAUAUAAGCGCAUUUGGGAAAUUAUUGAUACUAGAUGGGAUUUACAACUCCAUAGGCCUUUGCAUGCGGCGGCAUAUUACCUUAAUCCAAUGUUUCAUUAUCAAGAAAACUUCAAUGCGGAUACGGAGGUGAAAAUUGGUUUAUUUAAAACCAUUGAGAGGAUGUAUCCGGAUAUAGAGGAUAGAGUGAAGGUUGAUGAGCAAUUAGAAAAGUUCAAGAAGGCCGAGGGUAUGUUUGGUAUGAGCAUGGCCAUCUUGACAAGGGAAAAGAAACAACCCGCUCUAUGGUGGGAAAGUUACGGAGAAGAGUGCAAAGAGCUUCAAAAGUUAGCUAUUAGAGUGCUAAGUCUUACUUGUAGUGCCACCGGGUGUGAGAGAAAUUGGAGCACUUUUGAUCAUGUGCACUCGAAGAAAAGAAACCGGUUGGAGCAACAACGGUUGAAUGCUUUGGUUUUUGUGAAGUAUAACAUUCAACUUGAGUUGAGGCAAAUUAAGAGACAAGAAAGGGGUGAGACUUAUGAUCCUAUUUAUUUAUCGGAUAUGGAAUCCGAUGAUGAAUGGAUUACCGAGAAAGAGGAUCCAUGUCUACCCGAAGAUCAUUCAUGGAUGGACAUCCAAGAGUGUUUCGAAGAUGAUGAAGGAACAACUAGCAAAAAGAGAAAAAGAGGACCAAGAAAUUUAAAUGCCAUCGAUAGAGGAAAAAGAAAAGUAUUUGAAGAUGAUGAUGAAGUUGAAUUGAUUGGAGGUGGGGAAGAGGAAGAGGAAGAGGAAGAAGAGUUUGAUGAAGUGACUAUGGUAGAUGAUGAUGAAGAUGAUAUUGACCUUGGAGAUGAUGAAGAUUGAAAUGAAGAAAUGAAGACUUUUUGGAAUUUUUAACUUUGUCUAAUCUAACUUUUGUUUUGUAUGGUUUCUUUUUGACACAAGUUACUUUACAAGUAUAGAUUAGAGUUUUGAAAAGUUUAGAACUUGUUAAGUUGUGAACCUUAUUCAUGAUGAAUGUGAAUUGCCAUACAUAUAUGUUGUGAUGUGAAUUUACAUAAAUUAUAUCAUAAAUACAUAAAUAUAAUAUAGGAUCAUAGAUCACGGUGGGGCUCGGACCCACAUCUCUUGCCAUAAAAGCGUCU